AUGAAGACCCUCAGCCUGCUUGCUGCCCUUCUUGUCCUGGGCCUGCCCGGCCAGGCUGAGCCCCUGGGAAGGAACACAGAGUGGGUGACUGGCCCGGUGGAGCCCACGGCCCUGACAGCCAAGCAGGACUACUUGACCCAGGACCAGGGACCCCUGAGGGAUGAGCUGGACCAGCCUGAAGACGAGGACGAGGAUGAGGGCCAGGACAUGGCCAUGUCCUUCUAUGGGGACCAGGGUCUCUCGAGAGAGGCAGCAGAAGCGCGGGGACUCGUUGUCUGCUCCUGCAGGCGAUUCUUCUGCAAAUUAUUCGAGCGGCGGAGAGGCACUUGCCGCCAGAAUUUCAAGACUUACAAGCUUUGCUGUGUUAAGGUUUAG